ACCAAGGUUUCUUUCACUGGUUUGGUAAACAACAACGAUUUGGACAGGAAAAUGUAGGUGCGCGAUCAAAAUGACCGAGGUGGCAAGCAUAGAUUUCGAUCCAUUGGCGUUGGAGGUUACAAAUGAACUGAAUAGUCUAUCAAGGAGCAAAACAGGCACGUGGGAACAUGAGGAUUUAGCUCAGGUGAGGUACAAAGUCCUGCGAGGCCACAAAGAUAGCAUCAACUCCUGCCAGUUCUGUGUUGACGACACCCGCAUCCUGACAGCAUCCGAGGACAAAACCUGCUCCCUCUGGAAUGUUGAGACAGGGGACCGGGAAAAGAAAUAUGAUGGCCAUCCGUCGUGCAUCAGCCAGUGUCACAUGAGCCACGACAACUCCAAAUUUGUGACCUCAUGCUGGGACAAGAGGAUCAGAGUCCGGGACGUGGAGACAGGGGAGGUUUUGUGGACUGGGCUGCAAGGUGGCAUAGGAACCUGUUGCCAGUUCUCUCACAACGGGAAAUACAUUGCCUCAGGGACAGAUCUGGAUAACUGCUUGAAUAUAUGGGAUACACAAAACGGGACCCUACUCCAAUCAGUGAAAAAGCACCACGGCAGCAGCAUCACCAGCUGCAAGUUCUCGCCGGACGACUCUAGGGUCUGCACCACCUCCACCGACAAGAUCACCAAUCUGUGGGACCUGGCCUCCCAGAAUGUCACCAUCAAGCUUGGUGGUCACAUCAACGUUGUCUCCUGUUGCUGCUUCAACGAGGAUGAGCGACGGCUGUGCACUGGCUCCUGGGACAAACAGCUGCAAGUCUGGGAUGUGUCCACGGGGAUGUACCGGUCUGAGGGUCCGGUGACCUUCAGCAAAGGUCAUGAAGGCUCCAUCAGCGCCUGCAGAUUUAGUAAGGAUGGUAGCAUGCUGAUAUCUGGUUCCUAUGACCAGACAGUGGUGGUGUGGGAUGCUGAAAAUUGUGGACCAAAGUUGACACUCAAGGGCCACACCGACUGGGUAACCGACGUGGACAUCACCCAGGACAUGAAGUGGAUCCUGUCCAGCUCCCGCGACCGUACAAUCCGACUGUGGAACAUUGAGAACAGCGACAGCAUACCGGUGGUCCUGGAGAACAAAAAGAGCAUGGGCUUGAGAAUAGUCAAGUGUAAUGAGUGCGGCAAGCCCUUCUCCAUCUCCCAGCUGGACGACCCACAGGAGCUCAAGAUGUGUGUCUUCUGCCGUCUGCAGACCAGCCGUCCCCUGCCAAGCCUGGACUAUGACGAGGAUUUGAACAUGCCAGAGUUUUGACAUUCUAUAUUCGUGGGGAAAUGACUUCAGUUGGAACAACCGAGCGAGUACUGAUGUUUAAAUCCAACUUGAAGUUGCCACUGGAUUUUCUACUCCUUGGAGGUUUUGACUGAUUGCAGUGAUUUUGGAUGUGAAAUAAGCAUUUUCACUGCUGUUAAGCAUGAGGUGUUGUUUGUCUUGUUGGGUUGGGAUUGGGUUGGGUUGAGUUGGGUUUGGAU